AUGGACCAACAAACCAUCGUCCCUCAGCCGACGGGCAGCCGCUACGCCUUCAACGGCGAGAUGCUUCUCAUUGCCGCCAUCAUCACCGUAUUCUUCUUCCUCCUCCUCCUUGUCGCCUUCCACCUUUACGCCCGCUGGUGGCUCCGCCGCGGUGCUUCCCCCGCCGUCUCCCUGAGCGCCCGCGUCGUGGUCGUCGCCGACGACCGCCGCGCCGGCCUCGAUCCGGCCGUCCUGAGCGCGCUCCCCGCUUUCGUCUUCUCCGACGCGCCGCCGCAGGCGGCGGCGGAGGGGCGGCACCUGCUGGAGUGCGCCGUGUGCCUGUCGGAAUUCGAGGAGAAGGAAAUCGUCCGCCUGCUUCCCGGCUGCGGCCACUCUUUCCACAUAGAAUGCAUCGACAUGUGGUUCCACUCCCACGCCACCUGUCCCCUCUGCCGCUCCCCGGUCGAGCCGCCGCCGGUCCCGGCCGAGCCGUACGCGGCCGCGGUGGUGGUGGAGGUGGCUGGGGAGGACGGAUCUGUCGCGUCCGGGAUGUGCGCCGAGUGCCGGCACGGGGAGUGCAGCGGGAGCGACGCCGGCGCGGCGGCGUCCGGCAGGCGGGGGAAGGCGGUGGAUGUGAGGAUAGAGGUGGGGCCGACGAGGCGGGUGGAGAUAGAAAGCGAGUUGACUCAGCGCUCGCCGGUGAGCCGGCUGCUGUCCUUCAAGAGAUUGCUUAGCGUAGGAAAGAGAUCUCCGCGGGCGGAGAGCAGCAGCGGCUGUGGGGCCGCCGAGUUGGAUUUGGAGGGUGGACUCGGUGAGUCGUCCCGAGUUCAAACGCCGAAGUGA